GAAGCAAAAUUCCGUUUUUCUCUUUCUUUUAGUUAAAUAAUUAAUGAUUAAAUAAUAAUUUUCCCCUGGUUCUUCCUUUUCUUUUCCUUGCGUUCUAUUCUCCCGGAAAAUAUCCAUAAUCGAUUUUCUCGGGAAAAUCAAACACGUUCAACACAGGUUUUCUACAUACGUCAAAAGGAAACAUCUUUGGCUGCUGUUGAUGGAUUGUUAGUUCUGCGUGCUGUGUUAAAUUUGAUAGUGCAUCAAAAGGGCAGCUUUCUUGUGUAAUAUACUAUAUCUUAAAACGUCCCAGUUUCCAAUUUCCAUACAGAAAGAGGGAAAAUCAAAUGAAACAGAAGAUUUUGUGGGAGUGGAGACCCUUAACACUGUCUGGAAUAUAGUAAAGCAUAGAGUUGAUCAAAAUCAAGGGAAGACUAUUUUUUACAACCAAUUCUAAUUUUCCGGUGAAUGGGUCUGAUAGAUAUUCUAUGUUCUUCCAUAUUUCUUUUUACGGUUGUUGAAUCCACUAGCAGAUCAGGGAGCAUGUGGCUCCACAACGUAGGCGUGGAGUCUACAGGAACUGUUAGCUGGACAGUCUUCAGUGCAAGUAUAUUUGUGCUUGUUGCCCUUGUCCUCUCCAUGUACCUAAUUUUCGAGCAUUUAGCUGCCUAUAACCAGCCCGAGGAGCAGAAGUUUUUGAUUGGUCUCAUUUUAAUGGUUCCUGUCUAUGCAUUGGAAUCGUUUUUGUCACUAUUGGAUUCCAGUGCGGCAUUUAACUGUGAAGUUAUCCGGGACUGCUAUGAGGCUUUUGCAUUAUACUGCUUUGAAAGAUACCUGAUAGCUUGCUUAGGUGGUGAGGACAAAACAAUUCAGUUUAUGGAAGGUAUGAGCCUAACAGCAGACUCCGGCACUCCUCUCCUGAAAGAAGCUUAUGCAUAUGGAGUUGUUGAACAUCCAUUUCCUUUAAAUUGCUUCUUAAGAGAUUGGCAUCUUGGCCCUGACUUCUAUCAAGCUGUGAAAAUUGGCAUUGUGCAAUAUAUGAUACUGAAAAUGAUCUGUGCUUUGCUGGCAAUGAUCCUCCAGUCUUUUGGGGUUUAUGGUGAGGGGAAGUUUGAAUGGAGAUAUGGGUAUCCCUACUUGGCAAGUAUUCUUAAUUUUAGUCAGACUUGGGCCCUGUAUUGCCUCGUACAAUUCUAUUCUGUCAUUAAAGAUAAACUGGAGCCAAUCAAACCAUUAGCUAAAUUCUUAACAUUUAAAUCAAUAGUCUUUCUAACAUGGUGGCAAGGAGUGGCUGUCGCAUUUCUUUUUUCUAUGGGAGCAUUUAAAGGGGCACUUGCUCAAGAGCUGAGAACACGUAUACAAGAUUAUAUCAUCUGUAUAGAGAUGGGCGUUGCUGCUGUUGUGCACCUUUAUGUCUUCCCUGCAGUACCUUACAAAAGAGGAGAAAGGUGUGUCCGCAAUGCAGCAGUGAUGGCUGACUAUGCAUCACUAGGAACACCUCCUGAUCCCGCAGAGGUUCGAGACUGUGAGCGCUCAAUUAGAACGCGGCUGGGUCACCAUGAGGAGAAAGAAAAGAAGCCUAUGAAGUUCACGCAUAAUGUUCGUGAUGUGGUUCUUGGAAGUGGUGAAAUUAUUGUUGAUGACAUGAAAUUCACAGUUUCACAUGUUGUAGAACCUGUUGAAAGGGGCAUUGCAAAGAUAAACAAAACCUUCCAUCAGAUAUCAGAAAAUGUAAAACGCCAUGAUGAAGAGAGGAAGAGAAACACUAAGGUCAAGGAUGACAGUCACCUCGUUCCCCUGGAAUCAUGGAGAACAGAAUUUUCUGAUGUUCACGACAAACUUGUUGAAGGAAGUGUCAGUGAUAGUGGUUUGUCCGAUGGAAAGAGACAUACCCAUUCCAAGGCAUCAACCUCUAGGAUGAGAAGAUAGUAUUUAAAUAUUCUAUUACUUCAACAACCUAUAGUUUUGCACAGAGAAAAAUUCUAAUAGAUUUUGGUAGGGUAGAAAAUUCAAAAUAGAGCAUGUAGGGGGCUGACAAUCGGGUGAGCCUUUGAAGACGUGUAAAUAUAAUGGAAGAUAUAUUGUCAUGUACAGGGCUGAUAAAAAUUCCCACGGUUAUGUCAAGGGUGAGACUGAUUUUGUUGUCUACCAAACCCUUGAAAUAUUGAAUGAAUUGAGAAGAAAACAAUACAUUUUCAGACCAAAAAAGAGGUAUCAACCCUGUUAUUCUA